UAUCCCUCUCAUCUCUAGAUCCCAAUGGCUUCCAUGCUCUUGUCUCUUACUUUUACAUGCCCCGUUUUCCUUCUGCUUUCCUUCUUUGCAUGGUUAUCUCUAGCAGAUAACCCGGUGGCCUCCCUCAUAAUCCCACCAGACACAGCUUGUGACUCCACCAUGCACCCUUCCCUCUGCAAAACCGUGCUCGGUAAUCAAAAGGGCAACGUCUUUGACUUUGGCCGCAUACUUCUUCGGAAGUCCUUAUCCCAGUCUCGUAGAUUCUUGAACCUGGUGGAUUCCCAUCUGAAAUCUCCAUCCUCUCUGUCUCAGUCCACCAUUCGGGCUCUCGAGGAUUGUCGCUUCCUCGCUGAGCUAAACUUCGAGUACUUAUCCAACACCCUGGACGCUGUGAAAAAUCUUAAUGAUUUUCUUUCUUCCUCUAGAGCCGAAGACCUCGAAACCCUCUUUAGUGCCGUUCUGACCAACCAGCAAACUUGUCAGGAUGGCCUAGACACCACAGCUUCGGAUCGAAGAGUAAAGGACGAUCUUUCUUCCUCGCUCGCUGACGACACCGAGAUUUACAGCGUGUCUCUUUCUCUGUUCACCAAAGGUUGGGCACCCGAGAAGAAAAUCAUAACAUCAUGGCCACGCAAUGGGAGACACUUGGAGUUUCGAAAUGGUCAUUUGCCGUUGAAAAUGUCACCCCGAGUAAAGGCCAUUUUCGACUCCGCAAGACGCCACGGCAGAAAACUGCUCCAGUCCGAUGACGACAGCGUGCUGGUUACCGACAUCGUGGUUGUCAGUCAGGAUGGAAGCGGAAACUUCACCACCAUAACCGACGCCAUAAAUUCUGCCCCAAACAACACAGCUUCAGGCAAUGGUUACUUCUUGAUAUUCAUCACCGAGGGUGUGUACCAAGAAUACGUAUCCAUACCCAAAAACAAAAAGUACUUGAUGUUAGUGGGAGAAGGCAUCAACCGCACAAUCAUCACUGGCGACCGCAAUGUCGUCGACGGUUUCACAACAUUCAACUCAGCGACGUUUGCCGUAGUAGCAGAAGGAUUCGUGGCGGUGAACAUUACAUUCCGAAACACGGCGGGGCCGAGCAAGCAUCAAGCCGUUGCGAUGAGAAGCGGGGCGGACAUGUCCACGUUCUACAGCUGCAGCUUUGAAGGGUACCAAGACACUCUGUACACACAUUCUCUAAGGCAAUUCUACAGAGAAUGUGACAUAUACGGCACCGUGGACUUCAUAUUCGGGAACGCAGCCGUGAUUCUUCAAAAUUGCAACUUGUAUCCUCGGCUUCCGAUGAGCGGUCAGUUUAAUGCGAUCACGGCUCAGGGUCGAACGGACCCCAAUCAGAACACGGGCACGUCCGUACAGAACGCAACCAUAAAAGCAGCCGACGAUUUGGCUCCGUCGGUAGGGUCGGUGAAGACGUACCUGGGAAGGCCGUGGAAGGAGUACUCGAGAACCGUGUUUAUGGAGUCACGGAUGGACAGCUUGAUCGAUCCUGCUGGUUGGCGGGCGUGGAGCGGGGACUUUGCCUUGAGCACGUUGUACUACGCAGAGUACAACAACAGUGGGCCGGGUGCUGACACGAGCAACAGGGUGACGUGGCCAGGUUACCACGUCAUCAAUGCCACGGAUGCAGCUAAUUUCACGGUGUCCAACUUCUUGACGGGGGAUGCUUGGCUGCCUCAAACCGGGGUUCCAUACUCUGGCGGCUUUACGUCCUAGACGCCUCUCGCCUCUGCUACAGGGCUGUACCGUUCCUGCAUCACAACAAUAUCAUUCAAAUUCAUGAACAAUACAAUAAAUUCUAUUUGGCUGUCGUGUUUAUUUAUUACUCUUGCCCCCCACACAUGCAUAUAUAACACAUUGAUGUAAUAUGAGCGCACAGACCUUUAUAUAUCUUCUCGAUAUGAUUAUUUA